AUCAGGUGGUCAAAGGGGGGUCCGUAACAGCCGGUGAUCGCGUUCUUCACCUGGCCUGAGAGGAUGGUGACCUCGAAGCCCAGUUUGGAGAGCAACCAAGAGAAGAGGCCGUUGUUCUCAUAGCAUAAGCCUCCCCGACGCUGGUUUACAAUCUUGUCGUAGACAGCGUGGAGGUCGGGACUCAGCCGCCCCCCGCAGUGCAGCGUGAGGUUCUCGAAGGGUACCGCCAGCAGAUGGAAGCUGUGGAGCGACCGCAGCACCUCUAAGUUCCGAGGAGAAAGAUGGCGCCUACACACGUACUGAGAUGCUGUCAACGGGGAUUAUCAUGGAUACCUGUGAUUUUCAUCGCCCUGGUCGUCUGCUGGUCCUAUUACGCGUACGUCGUGGAGCUCUGCAUAUUCACUAUAGGAUAUAGCAGUAUAGGAGAGCAGAUUGUGUAUCUGAUCUUCUUCCACGCCUCCUUCGUCAUGUUUGUGUGGUCCUACUGGAAGACCAUCUUCACCAAGCCGGCCAAUCCUUCCAAAGAGUUCUGCCUGGCCAAGGUGGAGAAGGAGCGCUAUGAGAAGGAGGAGCGACCUGAGGCCCAGCAGGAGGUCCUCUGGAGGGCGGCCGCCGGCCUGCCGCUCUACACACGCACCGGGUCUGGAGCCAUCCGCUACUGUGACCGCUGCCAAGUCAUCAAGCCUGACCGCUGCCACCACUGCUCUGCCUGCGACAUGUGUGUGCUGAAGAUGGACCAUCAUUGUCCGUGGGUGAACAAUUGUGUGGGCUUCUCCAACUACAAGUACUUCAUCCUCUUCCUGGCGUACUCGCUCGUGUACUGCCUGUUCAUCGCCGCCACCGUGCUGCAGUAUUUCAUCAAGUUCUGGACCAACAACCUGCCAGAAACGCACGCUAAAUUCCACGUGCUGUUCCUGUUCUUCGUGGCGGCCAUGUUCUGCAUCAGUAUUCUGUCCCUCUUCAGCUACCACCUGUGGCUGGUGGGCCGGAACCGGUCCACAAUAGAGGCCUUCAGGGCCCCGGUCUUCAGGACCGGCUCCGAUAAGAACGGCUUCUCUCUGGGCUUCCGCAAGAACGUGGCCCAGGUCUUUGGGGACCAGAAGAAGUACUGGCCCCUGCCCCUCUUCACCAGCCAGGGCGACGGGUUGAUCUUCCCCACCCGCCUGGUGAGCCCUGACCCGGAGCAGGGCGGCCCCCAGCCCCCGGAGCCCAGCCAGAGGCCCAGCCAGAGUGUGGCGGGGGUCCCGGCCAGCCCCCUGAGCGAGGUCGAAGACCACCUGCUGAACAGCCCCCGCACGGCAACCACACAGCCGCCCCCAACGCCCUGACAUCAGUCGGAACGGACAGCGUCACCAUAUCGCUGGAGAGCCAGUCCUAACCCGAAGCUCCUCGGCCAUUUUUGAAAACGAUGCCUUAAGUGACACAACACCGUAGCCCGUCACCAUGGAAACGGUCUCCCAGCGCAUCCUCCAUCCCACCAUUCCCACCGCGCCGGUCGUCUGGCUGCAGCGCCUUGUGGGGUGCUCCCCCAACACACACCCGCACGUUUGUCCAGAUACACACACAUACGCUGUUGAUAUUAAUGAGAGAUGUAUAGAUGUAUAAAGAUAUGUGUCUCUAUCUAUAGAUUUAUAUAUCUCUUUAUAUUUUUUCCACGCUUUCCGCUUGUGAAACUUCACGACAUACGACUAGGAGCGAUGUCUGGGGGGGGGGGGGGAUCCACCAGGCUCCCGUCUGAGACCAGGGACCCCCUCUCGCCCUUCAGAUAAGCGCUGGCCCAGAGAAGACUAGCUGGAGCUGAACAGUCUUCUACAGGUUGUUGCUGUUUCGUUUUUUUCUGUUUAUUCUCCGCUCUUUUCUUUUAUUUUAUACUAAUGUUCUUCAUGGACUGAUGGUAGUAAUGGACGUUUACAGGGAGCAAUGGGUUUAGUUAUGUCGGACUUUUUUUUUGUUUGCGGCUGUGUGUGGACCGCACCUUGCAGACCUGGACUAAACCAAACCGUUAUUGGAAGGGGGGGGGUCUCGUCUCGCAUGGGGUUUUGGACGGAGCAGCACAAGAUGCACAGUUGCACUUUCUGGAUUUGAGUAUCGAUGUCUGUCAACAAGGUGCUUCAUUUUUGGAUUUUGUGAUUCAUGGCGUGAGUACGGUGUGAAGCAGCAGCUGUUGUUUUUGUUUUUUAUAACUAACAGGAACUCAACCAAUCAGCUGUACGAUUUGCGGUGGGAGGCUCCGUUUACAUAUAUUUAAUCUACGUUUGCUGCUUUUUAAUAUCGGACCUUUCACCUGGGAGACGCGUUCUGAGAACAGCCGCCAACAUGUUUAGCUGAUGUUAUGCUGAAUGGGGACGGAUAUUUUCUUUACUAUUAUUUUUUUUUUAUGUUCCCGUCAGUCAUCACGUCUAUCCAGGCUCACUUUUAUGCAGCCCGAGGCUUCACCUUUUCUAGGCCCAAGGCGCUUGUUGCCAAAUAAGGGCUGAUCUACAGGGAGCUCCGACCACUGAAGUGUUUACAACAUUCAAGCUUUACCUGUCCUCCGGCCGUUGUCAUUCUUACCAAAUGUGUUUUGUCGUCGCAGUGCAACGCAAGUACUACGCCUCCUUGCCUCUCUUGUUAGGAGCCGGGAUGCGUCUGCAGCACCGAUGAUGGCCAGCAGGUGGCGAUAUUACUCCUGGUAUUCAGCCCUCGUUUCAAUGAAUGGUGUUUUGUAUCAUAUCAACAGCUGGCUCAGGGCUUCCUUCAUAUUCAGUCUCCUUAGGGACUCAUACUUUAAAUAUUAUUAGAAUAAGGAGCGUUAUGAUCUUCACAACCAUUUAUCAAGUAGGGGAUGAAGAGUGGGGAAGUCGUUGUUGGGCUGUAACAUAAAUAUUUUAGCUCUUGCCAUAGCUUUACUGUUAUACAGAGUUGCCAAAUGCAGUUGUUUUGUGUUUUGUAAUGUUUUGUGUUCAGUCUUUAUUUACGCCCCUGCUCAUGUGAAGCACCAGAAAAAUACAAGGGCUGCAUGGUUCAGUCGUCCCAAUUAUCACAUCAUUCCAAAGUGUAAACCUACGGCCACAAAGCCCCCACCGUCCGACCGCUCUGUGGCGUAUUACGUGUUCCAUUUUGUGGAGGCCCUCCCGCCCGUAACCAGGGAAACGGUCCACUUCCGCUUCACGGUGGAUUGGUUGUUUAAUCAUUUCAGACCCAUAUCUGUGACUUUCGUCUGUCGGGCUUGUGAAGUGCUGGUUUUAAGUCUCUGUGUGUGUGUGUGUGUGUUUUGUAAGUGUCACUGUGGUUUGAAUGUAUUUCAGUCAUGGUAACUUCAACUAGUGCUGCGUCCUGAAGUGGUGUUGUACUCCUCACGGUACGCUGGUGAUCGGAGGGUAUUUUGGCCGGCCUUUAAUUUGGUGCAUUUGUUUUUCCUCCGUUUCCCCAUGAUGUGUCAGCAUUAUCCAAUCAGAACUUGUUUCAAUGUGUGGAAUAGUCUGCAGUCACUCAGAGCUGUUCCUGAUGCAGGGAGCGGACAAUGUGUCCCCUUCCACCAGCGGAAAAAAAACAUUUAACUCUGCCCAGAGAUGUGUGUGUGUGUGUGGCUGUAAACAUCUCCCUGUUGCAGGGGAAUUGGUUUUAGUUGCUCUCUAUAACAUAAGAUCGUUUAAAGUUCAGCCAGACUAGUCCAUCAUCAGAAUAACUGAAGCCAUAUAAAGGAAGACUCCUGUAAUAAGGAUGGAAAUUCCUUAAGAUUUUGGUCUAAUAUCAGUGUUGUUGUUUUUUGGAUGUAGCCUAGCGAAACCAUGCUUAUUACCAUAUAUAUUGUUUGUGUGUGUGUGUGAAAGUUUUUUGUUAAACAAUGACUGCAUAUAUAUUUUCUUUUCUGAUUAAUUUACUGUACUUUGUGAAUGUCAUAUAUGCCUCUACAUAACGUAAACAUAACAAUAAAUGUUUUGUUUUUUUAAC